AUGGAGAACAACAAUGUCGGGCUUGUGGAGGAGAACAACAAUGUCGGGCUUAUGAAGGAUGUGUUUAUGGAGGAUUUGUUGAAUGAUGAUAAUACUGAGAGCAAUUUGUUUUUUUUUGUAGGAUGGGUAGUGGAGAAAUCCAAUGCUGGGCUUGUGGAGGAGAAGAAGAAUGAUGAUUUGUUGAUUGAGGAUUUAUUGGAAGAUGAUGAUAUUGAGGAAGCUGAUGGGAUUGUUAAGGAAUCAGAUGGGAUUGUUGAGAAAUUCAAUUAUGGGAUUGUUGAGAAAUCCAAUGAUGGGAUUGUGGAUGAGACGGUGGAGGGGAUUGUUGAGGAAGCUGAUGUGCAUGAUGUGGAUGAGAAAGUGGAUGAGUCGGUGGAUGAGACGGUGGAGGAGAAGGUUGAGGAGAAUGUGGAGGAGAAGGUGGAUGAGAAGGUAGACAAUGAUGAGAUUGUUGACGAGAAGGUGGAGGAGAAGGUUGAGGAGAAGGUGGAGGAGAAGGAGGAGAAGGUGGACAAUGAUGGGAUUGUUGACGAGAAGGUGGAGGAGAAGGUGGAUGAGACAAUGGAGGAGAAGGUUGAGGAGAAGGUGGAGGAGAAGGUGGAUAAGAAGGAUAAGGUGGUGCAGAAGGGGAAGAAGGUGCUGCAGAAUAAGAAUAAGGUGGACGAUGGUUUCAUUGUGGAUAAGAAGGAAGAAAAGGUGCAAAAUAAGGUGGUGCAGAAGGGGAAGAAGGUGCUGCAGAAUAAGAAUAAGGUGGACAAUUAUUUCAUUGUGGAGAAGAAUGAAGAAAAGGUACAAAAUAAGGUGGAGCAGAAGGGGAAGAAGGUGGUGCAGAAGAAGGUGGACGAUCAUUUCAUUGUGGAGAAGAAGGAAGACAAUGUGCAAAAGAAGAACAAGCAGAAGAUCAUUGAAGAGGAUGUGAUGGAAUUGGAAGAUUCAUCCCAUAUCGAAUUUAAGAGAAAGAGGUCAAGGUCGAAAGCUCUACUUAGUCCUUACACCGUCCCUCGUCCAAGAAAGAACAUGGUGAAGGAUCCAAUGAUUGUCGAUCCUAUGUCGAAGUAUAAUCCGAAACUGAAGAUAGAGUUCAUGAAAGAGUUGGCGAAAGGAGUUAAAUGUAAAAAGCUCCACCUCUAUGAUGGCACUGUAGGCCAUGAAAUCUUCAAUACAAUUCUGAGGACACAUAGGUGGCUAAUUGAUGUGGAGAUGAAUGUCGGAUGUUCUCUUCUAAUAGCAAGAGCAUUCACCUACCCUAAGACUUACCCGUAG